CUUUGGAUGGAUGGACGAAUCCAAAUGGUGUUUCCAUUUAUAAUUUUGUAUUGCUUACUCCUGAAAAUCAACAAUUUCUUUACCAUUUACAAGAUUGCAGCGGAGAACACCAUACCAGUGAAUAUUUAGCUUUACAAAUUAGUGAAGUUGUUGAACGAGUUGGAAAGGAUAAAAUAGCAGCUGUAGUAACAGAUAAUGCACCAAACUGUGCAAAUGCUCGUGAAAUUAUUUCUACUAAAUAUUCAAAGAUUCUAAACAUACGAUGUAUUGCACAUUUUGUAAAUUUACUUACCAAGGAUAUUAUGU